AUGAGCAUACAACUCGCCGAUAGGUCUAUCAAAUACCUGCAAGGUGUCGCCGAAUUUUUAUUGGUAAAAGUUGGAGACUUUGUCUUCCCGGCCGACUUUGUCAUACUCGACAUGGAGGAAGACACCGAAGUACCACUCAUUCUAGGAAGACCAUUCCUUACCACCGCUCACGCAAUGGUAGAUAUGAGUGAUGGGAAGCUAACAUUGAGGGUCGGAGACAAAGAGAUGAAAUUCGGGGUUGGGAAAAGAGUAGAAGACCGAGUCAACUACAUGGAUGUCAUAGACUCAAGCUUGGAUGACGCUCUCCGACGGUGCAACACGGGAUGCGAGACAUCCCGCUCAGGUAACAUAUGA